AUGGCGGACGCCGAAAGGGCAACGUUGUCUCUGGAAGAUGAGGAGCAGUGCUGGUCAGACCUGGCACAAUGCAUCGCCUCUGUCUGCGAAUCCCACGAAUCGAUCGAUGAUGCGCUCCGCUCCUGGCUCGACGCCACGACCCGACUCCUCGACGGCACGAACUCGCAGGGCGAUGUCAUCAGCUCGAGCCAUAUGCUAGUGGAGAGCGCACUGUUCCAGGACAACAAGGUCUACAUCCGUACACAACUCAUCCACAGCCUCUUGCAGGAGGAUGAAGCGAGUCCGUUAUCGGCGAUAGCAUGCCUGCUACUGCUCGACGGCAAUCACGAAGAGAGUUUGUUCCCGCGCAUGAUUGAGGAGGCCUGUUUCCCACGGCUUUUGGAGCUCAUCAAUGGACAGAGGGACGGCGACCCCCGGUUGCACCGCUUUCUGCUGCAGCUAAUGUACGAGAUGUCGCGAAUGGUAAGGCUACGACGGGACGACAUUCAGCUGGUCGACGACGACUUCAUCCAUUACCUCUUCAGCAUCAUCGAAAAUCUGUCGGACGAUGUCCACGACCCGUACCACUACCCGACGAUCCGUGUGCUGCUUGUUCUGAAUGAGCAGUACAUGUUGGCGUCGACCGAGUCUGACGACCCGGAUGAGCCUCCUUUGACAAACCGCAUCGUCAAAUGUUUGAGCUUACAUGGUCCCUCGUAUCGCACGUUUGGGGAGAACAUCAUCCUCUUGCUGAACCGCGAGACAGAGACAUCGCUGCAGCUCCUCAUCUUGAAGCUGCUUUACCUCCUUUUCACCAACAAAUCUACGUACGAGUACUUCUACACGAACGAUCUGCGGGUGCUUCUUGAUGUCAUCAUCCGCAACUUGAUGGACUUGCCGGACGAGAAGAUCUCCCUGCGGCACACAUACCUGCGUGUCCUGUAUCCACUACUCGCUCACACGCAACUCAGUCAGCCGCCUCACUACAAAAGAGAAGAGAUCCUGAGAGUUUUGAGUCUACUACGCGGAUCACAGAACGCCCACUUUGCCCCAGCGGAUGAGACAACACUGCGGCUCGUGGAUCGCGUGGCCAAAGUCAAGUGGCUCGACAGUGAACAAGGCACGGGCGAGGCUGAAGUCGCUCGCAAGAUUCUAGGGAUCAGCCUCUCAAGAUCGCAGACCGCCAGUAGUAUAAGUGUUCACGAUGUUGCUGGCGUGAGGGAGAAACCUGGUGUGCAGACUCCUAGUCGCAAUGACGGCGAGAAUGGGAAGGGUGAUGGCCAAUGUCUUUCAGAUGGAGCUGUUGUCAGUGCAAAAAAGCCCGUGCCUGAUGUGCCAAAGCACCGCCACGGCAUCCCGUUUGCACAGACGGCAAAAAAAAUACCUCCAAAGGCACCACCUCCUCGAAGAUUUGGGAGGUUGAAGUCGGCACAGCAUUCUCCUGUCGACACGAUUCCAGAGAAUGGUCUGGAGAGCAAGGUCAGGACAGAUCCACCGACUGAUGCCUAA